CCGGAGUAUCCGCUGGUGGAGUGAAAUGAAAGGGCAACGAAUAUAAAUAUACGUAUAUAUUGAGUCUUUUAGUCAAAUACCCCAUCUUUUCCUCUACCUCCUUAUCCCAAACAUUGCCAUUAUCUGUGCAUAUACGCUGACUCCACUGGUAUAUCCUUAACCCUGUAUUUACUGUACUGUGAUCAAAGCCCCUCCUGAUUAGUAUAUCCGCAGCAAUACAAGGACUCAAUUUUGCCAAUCUUUACCUUCUUCUUUAUACGACGGAAACGGUAUGGCCAAGUCCGCGAUGUGCACCGUCGUUGUCCUCGGCGCCUCCUACGGCGGCUGUCCCGCUGUCAAGAUCUUGGCGGAGAAGCUUCCUCGUAAUUGCAAGUUGAUUGCUAUUGAUAGGAAUACGCAUAUGAACCACGUCUAUACGUUCUCCCGCUUUACGGUCAAGACCAAACAUGCUCCCAAGAGUUUCAUACCUUAUAAACAUUUGCUCGACCCACAACCCAAGCUUGCGCCCGAAAUAGAUCUUUCAACUCCCCCUGAAACACCGCCCAUUCAUCCGUCCGUCCUUGACCAGGAGGAUGACGUUCUAGCUGGAAGAGCGAGACAUCAGUUUAUUCAAGGCGUGGUCACCAAGUUAUCUUCGAAGGAGGUCACCUUCGUUCGUCCUAGUGAAGAGGACCGUCCGGCUUUUAAAGAUGUCGCUUUCAAAAGUGUCCCUGCGGCUAAUGUUGAUAGCAAGGAGGUCAAUAUGACGUACGGCGAAUUUGACGGGCCGGAAGAGAAGAUUGAGUACAACUACCUACUCUACGCCCUUGGCAGUACCCUUCCCGAUCCUGUUAACGUCUGGCAACCUCUCAGCGGCCAGCCGCGGGUUACGGGAGAUGAGCGAAAGCUAGGGAAUAAGAAGCGUGGCUUAAAGUUCAUGGCCAUCCAAUCAGAAAAGUUCAAGGCGGCGGGUAGAAUCUUGAUAAUCGGAGGAGGCGCGUUGGGAAUUCAGUAUGCGACUGAUUUGAAGGAUGUGUAUCCCGAGAAGAAGAUUACGCUGCUACAUUCAAGGACGAGGCUGUUACCCAUCUACCCCAUCAAGCUGCAUGUCACAGUUAUGGAAGCCCUCACCAAGAUGGGGGUCGAUGUCGUACUUGGAGAACGAGUGAUGACAUGGCCCGAUGAGCCUGAAGUGCUUGAUGGAAAGACCAAAUAUGUUACUACUGAUAAAGGCCGUACAUUUGAAGCAGACAUCGUUCUGCCAUGUACAGGCCAAAGACCCCACGUUUCCUUGAUGGCGGAGCUUGACCCUGCACUCAUUUCACCUAUGACCGGUCGUAUUCGCGUACUCCCCACUCAGCAAGUCUGUCCCUCCCGGCUAGCGUCUGUAGAAAACACGGAAAAGCAAUUUUCCAAAUCAUUCAUGCCUACCGUAACGCCUCCCUUGACCUCUUCAUCUGCCACUUCCAUUGGUUCCGACGAAGAUCAGCUUCAAACCCAGAAAGAUUACAAUCACAUCUUCGCCAUUGGAGAUUGUGCGCAGACUAAAGCUAUCCAAGCUGGACAUACAGCUUUUGGCCAAGGGGAAGUCGCUGCCAGGAACAUUUUGAGGUUGAUUGAGAAAGAAGGAGAAGCGGGAAAGAUAAAUGACGAGGAGUUGGAGGAAUACGAGGCGCCUAAGCCUGCUAUCAAGCUCACGCUUGGCAUUAAAAAUGGGGUACUGGUAGACGGAGAAAGUGUGACGCCUAACAAUACGGGCGAAGAAGACCUGCACGCCCUGCUCAUGUGGGGACUUCCUAAUGCGGUGGGGAUGGACAUCAACGAGUAAACUAGCAUGGUCGAAGAGGUGACGACCCGUUGUUGAUAUUAUCAUACAUACCAUGCAUGUUCGUUGUCUCG